CAGAAAUGAGUAACCUGUUGUUUGUUGGACCAUGUUAUUCGCAAUACAACCGUAUCCUCAAUGAUUAUCUAUACCAAUUGCAUGUUGGUAUCAAGAGAAGGACUCACAUGUCAAGGAAAUCGGUUCGGUUCUUGUGUAUGGAUAAUUUAUCUUUGGGGACAACAGUGGGCAUAGGCUCCCUUCUUAUGAAACCAAAUAUAAUCUAAUAAAGUACAUAAUCAUCAGAAUUUAUCGUGAAACCCUCGGUUGAACCAGUCAAAAAAUUAUCAGCUUUGUAACAUUCUCAAAAGGCAGUUCUCAAGGCGAAUAUCAGUUUUUAAAGAAAGAAUUGAAUUUUAUGACCUGAAACAGACUGAAUAUGAAUCAGUUCGUCAAUGGUAUAUACGCGUAAAAAAUAAAGCCAGCGACUGUAAGUUUGGUAAUUUGUUGAAUGACAUUCUGAAGGACAGAUUUGUUUCAGGUUUAUGUAAGGGUCCUAUGUUAGAUCGGGUUUGCUAAGAGGAGCAUACUCGAACCUUUGAAGAAUUACUAGAAGUGCCUUAAAAAAAAAAGGCUGCGGUAGUACCUUCCUAUGUUCCACUUCCAGUAAAUAAAUUACAGCUGGGGCAAUCUCAAAAUAAGUCCCAGAGUCUGAGGCAGUCAGGCGAAAAUGUGCGUGGGAAUAGGAAUAUGAAGGAUGGGAAUAAGAAGAAUGUUAUCCAAUCAUCGGGAAGAGGGGUGAGUGUUAAGCUAUAUAGAAGCUGUGGAAAAGGUAAUCAUAAUUUUGCCAGAUGUCAGUACAAGCAGUAUACUGGUAAAAUUUGUAAAGAAGUGGGCCAUUUGGCUAGGGUUUGCUCUGUUAAAACAAAUUUUGUUGAAUCUGAGGGUGACACAGAGGCCGAAAGCCUAGAUUUUAUCGACAUGUUUUAUGUGAAUAAUACAAAUUAUGUUAAUUCUGUUAAAUUAGAUGUUAUUAUAAAUAACAAAGAGAUUCUCAUGGAGUUGGAUUCGGGUGUGGCUUUAUCUGUGUUGCCGGAGGAACCUUUUUUAAAAAAAAAAUUCUAUGAUUGUGUUUUGCAGCCUACUUCUGUCACAUUUAGAUGUUACGAUGGUAGUAUUAUCAUUCCUAAAGGUCAAACUUUUGUCAAAAUUAUAUAUCACAAUCAAGUUAAAGAAAAAGGUAGAUUAAUAAUUGUUAAAAAUGGUUGA